UUCAUCAAUAUUUGUAAUCUUCCAUCAUCUGUUUUGUCGAAAAAUCGAUUCCAAGUAGAAAUCUAGGUGUUAUUCAACAGAUAAUUCAGUGCCAUGGGUUUGAUACAAGGUAAUGACAGUGAUCCAUCUGCCCCAUUUAACCCGUAUAUUGAAAACUACAAUGAUAGACAUGUUGAGAACAACUUACUGUCUUCUACUGAUGAAGAAGAAUCAGAUUCCCAAUCGGUUCAGAGCCAGCGAGCAGUGAGGCCGCACCGCAGACCCCAAAUACAUAUCUCUGUCUCUCAAGAAAAUUUAGCCAAGUAUGGAAGUCGACGUGGCAUACGACAUGCACGUCGCUUGGAUAACUUGAGAUACUUAAUAAAUCUAGAAGAAAAAGAUGAAGAUAUUGUCUCCAAUGAUCCAUCAUCAACUUUUGAACCUAGCGCAAGCUUGUUUGAGGAACUGUUUGAUGAUCCAGAGAAGAUGGAAAUGUGGAAUAGUUUUGUGGAAAGUUCAGAAGAGGAGCAGAGAAAAAUUUUAAACUACAGAGGUUUGCAUAUCAUUAAGGAAGAAGAUGAAGGAAGUGAUACUAAGACUGCUGAAGAUAACUGGGUGAUGAUCCUUGAUGAAAGAAGUGAUCACCCAGCCUAUUCACCUGUACAGUGUUAUAACCGGGUGGACAGGAACUUGAGGACAUUACUGAAACGUAGACACUUACCUCUGGGUAUUCUAGCUAGCCUAGAGAGGGAGAUAGUGACUUUCUUCCAUGACUGUCCCACCUCAGUCUUCAUAUCUGACAUCUCCAGCAGCUUUGAGAGGAUGUUAUUGCAUGCAUUGUGUCAGUACCUCAAUCUCCACUCACAAAGUUAUGAUGAUCAUGGAAGCCGACGGACUCAAGUGGAAAAUAAAUUCCAACAAUUUCGUCCACCUUCUCUUCUCCUGACCGAGUAUCUUCAGCAGAACCAGCAUUCCUUGUAAUAUCACAGUUCACUCUGACACAUACGUUUGUAUGUGAUAAUUGAAAACUUUGAUCCAACAUAAACUAUACACUAAACUCUCCUUAUUGUAAGUCCUGCCUGUGAUGCAUUGCUUUACUUUGCAGCCCACUCUCAUGAACAUAGACAUUAACCCCCCCCCCCCCCCCCCCCCCCCCCCCCAUCUGUAUGUGACACACACUUUACUGAUCUUACACUACCCUUCUACCAUCAUUGUGAUUGCAAGUCUAGCCAGCUUCUUGUUAAAGUCAUUUGCUGUCAUCAUUGAUAAUUUAAUUUGUCAUGAACUAAUGAAUUUUCUUUGCCUUAGUGUUUUGAUAUUCUAUAGUUUGUAUCAUCUUAUGGCUCCACCAUAAACAACCCAUUCCCUUACACACAAAGAAAACAAUACAUUUUUCUCUUAGCCAGAGUCUUGUAUCUUUAUGUAUUAUUUACACAUUUUCUUCACAUUCAACAUUUUAAAAUUGUGGAAAAUGUCAUCACCACUUUUUAAGCUGUGGUACCCAUAGCUUGUGUUCCGUAUGACUGUACUCUUUAUACAUUCAGAGUGGUGCCUUGAUUAAUAUUUAGGUCUCUGGAAAUAAAAUCAAAACAUUUCAACUGACUUGAUAAUUUCUAAAUCUGGGAUUGUACAGAUACUUGUUUUUUGUUCAUUUUGAAAUGAAUGCAAGGAAAAUUGAAUGUCAUAUCUUGCAUUCUAGAGUGAAGGAUGAUAAUUCAGUGUACUUUUCUUUGUCUGAUGUUAGAAUUCACUUUGGUGUUGUCUCUUUCUUUAUAUCAUUGGAAUGUAUUCUGAUAUUUUGUAGUGCAUUAUCCAAUACAACAAAAUUUCACUGUCGUCUUAAUGGCAUUAAAUGUUCCUUAAAAUAGAAAUGUAUUUGCCUGAUAAGUCUAAAUUGUGCUUAGUUAAAUAGUCAAGUGUUGUUCCAGGUUACUUAGUUCUUUUCUACUGACAUUUUGCUUCCUCAACUCACAAGCAUUUUUUUUUCUGUUAGUUUUCCUUUAAACGUCAAUGAAAAAUGCUUUUUUAUGAUAUCCCAUUGAUUGAGAAUCCCAGAUUGAGGUAUUUGGUGUAAUGCUUACUGUUGAUAGUUUGUGAUCUCUCGUUUUACCACCAUUACUACUAUUGCAUCUUAUUGCCUUUAUUGUAUUUUUUUUUUUUGCUUGGUGGCUUCCUUUCUUAUUAACUGUCAGAGCUGAAAACUGUAAACACUGGAAGUUGUUUGCUCUUGUUUGUUGACUUGUUCUAGUUUCAGGAAAAAGAGUGAUGAUCUAUGAUCUACUUAGAAACAAAAGUUUAUUGAAAUACCAGUCUUGAUAUUUCUGGGUUUUAUAAUUGUAACAUUACUGGAUUAGUCCAGUGGUUUACUGAAAUAAACAUAUAAAAUAUU